AUGUGUUUGUCUAGGUUUGUUGGCCGGCGUGGACGUGUCCAGAAAAUUUUCUGCGACAAUGCCACCAAUUUUGUCGGUGCCUCUCGAAUGCUGCAGCAAUUCAAGGACCAUUUUAUUGCCAAUCAGGAUGCCAUAACGGAAUUCGCAGCCACGCGUGGGAUCACCUUCUCGUUCAUCCCGCCCCGAGCGCCCCAUUUUGGCGGCCUAUGGGAGGCGGCCUUGAAAUCAGCGAAGGGGUUAAUGGUCAAGGCCAAUUCGAGGCCCAUCGUCGUGGACAGCUCCAAUCCGAACGACGGCGAAGCAGUGACCCCAGCUCAUCUGCUGGUCGGAACAACGCUCGUUGCGCUGCCAUUCGUCUCAAGUCAGCCAGUAACAGACGAAAAACUGAGCUUCUUGAAGAGAUGGCAAUUGAUAUCCGCCGUCAAGCAACGGUUUUGGGUAGACUGGCAAAAAGACUACGUCCUGAGCCUGCAACAACGACAGAAGUGGCUAAGCGAGAGCCACAAUAUACAAAUCGGAACAAUCGUCGUGGUCCACGAGGACAACAGUCCGCCUCAGCAGUGGCUAAUGGGAGUCAUCGAGGAGGUCAUCAAAGGCGAGGAUGGAAAAGUUCGCGUGGCGGUCGUCAGAACUAAAUCUGGUGUUUUUAAGCGAUCAAUACGUCGAUUAGCUCCUUUGCCUGUAAAUGAAUUUUGA